AUGAAAUAUUUUCUAAUUAUUCUCGUUCUUUUAACAAUUUUUGUGGUUACUAUAAACGGUAGCUGUUGUUCAAACUUUAAUUGUCGUAAAAUAUGUAAAUUGUGGUGCAAUAGAGAUUAUUAUUGUAUAAAAUACCAAGGGGCUUGUUUAAGCAAUGGAUGUUGCCCUAGAAGUGGAUGA